UCCCCUACCAAUCUCGACAGUUCUCUCUCUCUCUCUCUCUCUCAAUUUACCCACCAGAGCUUCACGAAGAUGAUCUCCAUCACUUCCGCCGAGUUGAACUACCUUGUUUUUCGUUAUCUCCAUGAAUCAGGUUUUACACAUUCAGCUUUUGCUUUUGGAUACGAAGCGGGGAUUAAUAAAAGCACUAUUGAUGGUAACUUAGUUCCACCAAGUGCUCUUUUUACAUUUGUCCAAAAAGGAAUUCAAUAUCUUGAGCUGGAGGCAAAUUUGAGUGGUACGAAUGCUGAUAUGGAUGAUGAUUUCUCAUUUCUACAACCUCUAGAUCUUAUUACAAAGGAUCCCUAUGAACUACAGAGAAUCAUAAAAGCUAAAAAGGAAAAUCUACAAAAGGAUAGACUUGAAGAAAAUGGGAAACAUAAUGAAGAUACCCAAGUAAACGAACUGGAACAUACACAAGAAAGAGAAGAGAAAAAAGGAAGAGAAAAAGAACAAGAACCAGGUAAAGAGACAAUAGAGAAGGAUAGGGAGCACGAAAAGGGUAAAGAGAAAGAGAAGGCACACCAGGAUCACAUCAUCAAUGGAGAAAAAUGUGAAGAUAAGUUCGUAAUGGAAUAUGAAGAAAAUGGAACUUUAGGGCCAGAACCAAUGGACAUCUCAACAAACACAAUGUCCUUGCCUUGUGACAUUUCUAGUCAUGAUGUAACAAUUCUAGAAGGCCAUACAUCAGAGGUUUUUACUUGUGCAUGGAGUCCAUCAGGUUUGCUGCUUGCAUCUGGGUCCGGAGAUUCAAGUGCCCGCAUAUGGACCAUUGCAGAUGGGCCUGGUAGCUCAAGUUCACAAAAUGGACCUUUAAAUGUUGUGGUGCUGAAGCAUUUCAGAGGUAGAACCAAUGAGAAAAGCAAGGAUGUAACAACACUGGAUUGGAAUGGGGAUGGGACUUUACUUGCAACAGGAUCUUAUGAUGGGCAAGCAAGAAUAUGGAGUGGAGAUGGGGAGUUGAGGAAUACAUUAAACAAGCAUAAAGGCCCAAUAUUUUCUCUGAAGUGGAACAAGAAGGGUGAUUAUCUUCUUAGUGGCAGCGUGGAUAAAACUGCAAUUGUGUGGGACAUAAAGACAGGGGAAUGGAAACAAGCAUUUGAAUUUCAUUCAGGUCCUACACUUGAUGUCGAUUGGCGAAACAAUGUUUCAUUUGCAACGUGCUCCACUGACGGUCUGAUAAAUGUUUGCAAGGUUGGAGAGAAUCGACCAAUCAAAACUUUCUUGGGGCACCAGGGUGAAGUUAAUGCUAUCAAAUGGGAUCCAACAGGUUCACUCUUGGCCUCUUGCUCUGAUGAUUACACUGCAAAGAUAUGGAGUUUGAAGCAGGACAAGUAUUUGCACGAUUUGAAGGAACACAUCAAGGAGAUAUAUACUAUUCGAUGGAGUCCUACUGGACCAGGCACAAACAAUCCUAAUCAGCAGUUAUUGCUGGCAAGCGCUUCAUUUGACUCCACAAUAAAGCUUUGGGAUGUGGAACUCGGGAGACUUAUCUGCAGCUUGAAUGGUCACAGGGAUCCUGUAUACUCUGUUGCUUUCAGCCCUAAUGGCGAAUAUUUGGCCAGUGGAUCUAUGGAUAAAUGCAUGCACAUAUGGUCUGUGAAAGAAGGAAAGAUUGUGAAGACGUAUAGUGGGAAUGGUGGGAUUUUUGAAGUUUGUUGGAACAAGGAAGGUGAUAAGGUUGCCGCCUGCUUUGCUAACAAUGUUGUUUGUGUCUUGGAUUUCCGAAUGUAGAACUUGAAGAGUUUUUGUUAUCAGUCUUUUUUUUUUUUUUUUUUUUUUUUUUUUUAUGGGCUAAAUUAGCUUUCCCUUUCAUCUCUAUCUUUAUAAUUACUUGCAUUGAUAUGUACAAGGCAACAUUGUUUAUUUCGAACUUCUAAUAUAAAAAUAGUGGCUUCAGUUGACU